CCCAUUAGUGAAUGUACUUCAGCCUACACUAACACGUUACAGUAAAUAGCAUUUUCAGGUCAGUCAGAGCAGUCGUGCAUUAUCGCGAUACUCACGGUGACGUGCCCUCAUGGAAGGGCCAGAUGGGAUCACGUGACGAUAUCGCACGGAAUGCUGGGAAACAAACAGUGGUAUGAAUAACGCUUGGCGUAAACAUCCCUUACUGAUGUGUGCAAGAGCUCGCGGAGCGCAAGUAAACAACCCGUCCGGGAAACGCGGCGACCGUCUAUUCGCAGCUGUUAUAACCGAGAUCAUCUGCGCUACGAAAUGUGACAUGUUGAGCUGCAUGAGCGACGGGACUUUGGACCGGAGCCUGGAUGGGAGUGCUGCAGUGAGCUGUGCCUGGAGUCGGGAAAGUUGAGCGUGUGUGAUUUAUCCGCCAGACGCAAUGACAGCAGCGGUCUGAGAGGGAUUUUAUUCCUCUGAUGUUGGGAAGGAGAGUAUGGCGUUUAUAAGUGAACGACAGCUGACACGGCUGCAUCUCAAGUCCUUGAAGUGGUACGACUCCACAUUUUUUCCGAGAUAAAUUACUAGAUUGGAAAUCACUGGACUGUUAGUCUUCGCUAUCCGGGGAGAUCGCCUUGCCGGGGGAGCCCGUGUUUGGCAACGCGUAAAAUCAGGGGUCAACAUUUUGGACUAGACGUCCAAUCGAUCAAUCCAGCGGAGUCAUAUGAAGUCGGGGUGAAGAUGUGGAGCUCCGGGUCAGUGCAGGGUGUGCUGAAAGCCCUGAAGCACGCCGCGGGGAAAGGACACAUCCAGCUGAACCGCUGGCUGCAGCGGACCCCGGACUCACUGGAAUGCGACAAGAUCGACAUUUUGAUCUGUAACGUCUUUGACGAGAGAGGGAGCGCAGGGAAACCGGAGGCAGACCCCGCGGGUCUGACCGAGACCGGCGCGUCCUUCACUCCCGAAUUCAGGCAUCCGUGUUGCGUUACCACCUGUUGCUUUAAAAGUGCCCUGCUGGCGUGUAUCCUGACAGCUGUGUGUUUCUCAUCGGUGGCUCUUGUGCGCCAGUACCUGAAGGAUGUGCUGCUGUGGGUGGAGAGUUUGGACAGUUUUGUGGGAGCCAUGCUCUUCAUAGUGGGCUUGAUCACGGUGUCUUUCCCCUGCGGUUGGGGGUACAUCGUGCUGAACGUGGCCGCGGGAUAUUUAUACGGGUUUGUGUUGGGCAUGGGACUGGUGAUGGUUGGCGUUUUGAUCGGGACUUUCAUCGCUCAUGUGGUGUGUAAGCGAUUGCUGACGAACUGGGUUUUGAGUAAGAUCGGCAGCAGUGAACAACUGAGUGCGGUUAUUCGGGUGGUGGAGGGUGGAAGUGGACUCAAAAUUGUGGCCUUAGCGAGACUCACGCCGAUUCCUUUCGGUCUCCAGAACGCGGUCUUCUCGAUCACAGAUGUGUCCUUGCCAAAUUAUUUAGUGGCUUCCUCAGUGGGACUUCUCCCAACACAACUCCUUAACUCAUAUCUGGGCACCACCCUGCGCACAAUGGAGGACGUGAUCGCAGAACAGAGCGUCAGCGGAUACUUCGUGUUCAGUCUACAGAUCUUUAUCAGCAUAGGCCUGAUGUUUUACGUUGUACAUCGAGCACAAGUGGAACUGAACGCCGCCAUCGCAGCCUGCCAGUUGGAGCUAAAGACGUCGUACAUGAACGGCGGAGCGGCCAACCACGCCGGCGCGACCUACUGCAGCAAACGGGCUGCCGCGGGAGGAGGGAUCAACGUGGUCUGAUCAGCGUGUUUUAUGAACAUUUCUAGCUGGGUGGAGAUCUGUCUCGGUAGCGUCAGGGAGUCUUGGGAGCUGCUACAGUCCCAGCCAGCUGUUCUAGUUAUGAUGGAGGUCUGAUGUGGAGCAGCACUGGACUGUCAAAGAGCCGAAGAGCCCGUAACAAGACUUUGAUGGAAACAUUGCCCAAAGAUUGGGACCCUGGGCCAGUAUUAUAUGAGAGGUUUAUAAGAUUGACUUGAGAUGUUUGUUUUUGCGGUUUUCUUUUUAAAGUUCUUUUUUAUGAUACUAAUAUAAAAUGCUAAAACUUUAUAGGAGGUCUAAAGCAUGAAAUGGGUAAAUUAAUUCAAGCAGAUGUUAUAGAAUUGUAGUUAGUUAUUAAAGAGGGCCCAACUAAUAUAUCAGGUUAAUAUGCUUAAGAUUUUUCUUUUUUUGUUUAUAUAUAAAUAUGAAGAAUUGUUUAGUUUCUUUUAUACUUUUUUUUUUUUUUUUUAAUUCAUCUAAAAGUAUUGCUUGAUGGAUCGUUUCUUUUCGUAUUAUGUCUAGACUAAGAAAAAAUAUUAUCAGUUCGUACCACCUGCGUACAAUUGUCGGCUUUUGCCAAACUGGGAACACUUUUGCUACUCUGCAGUUUUGUAAGGAACAGAUGGGAGGGAAGGAAAUUUUCUUAGCUGGAUAUUUAAGGAUGUCCUGCCAAGAAACUGUAGUACAGCAUGAUUAGCUCAGCGGUAUGAUCGUACGUGUUCGAUUUCUCAUUCUCAUAUUGAGAGGACUGAAAUUCUUUGCCUUCUUUCUUGUAUUAUUUAACCAAAUGCUUUAUUAUAGGGCUGUUAGCAUUUUUUGACAUCUUUUGUUAAUUUAUUCAUUGUUAGAAACAUUUGCACAUAUGGGAUUUAACAAACUGAGAACGAGAAGAUAAAAACUAAAUGCUGAAAAGUGGGGAAAAGUAAUUAUUCUGAAUAUAUAUAUAUAUAUAUAUAUAUAUAUAUAUAUAUAGAAUACAUAAUACAUUUGUAUAAAUAUGUAUUUAUAUAAAUAUUUUUUUCCCAAAUUAGGUUGAAAUAUAUAUAAAAGGGAAGCAUUGGUAAUGUUAGUACAUUAUUAUUAUUAUUAUUAUUAUUCUUACAUAAUGAAUGCUAAAGUUCAAUGUUAGUUUAAUGUGUUGUUGGCACUGUGCUAAAAUAACUCGCAAUUGCCUACAAUGCAUUUUCGCAGUUUUUCUCAAAAAAAUGCACACCGGUGAAAAUCAGCUCAAAGCCUCCACAGCACAGUUCCCUCACAAUGAGCACGCUAGAAAUAGCAAACUGACAAAAACUGCAAACUACAACUAAAAUGUUUUUACAAGACUCCGGUCAUGGUAAUGUCUGUCGUUCCCUCCUUAGAGAUUCACCUAAUUAGAAACAAAAGACUCCUGAGCAUUGACUGACGUAUUUGGGUCCCGGCUAUAUAAUUUAGCACAGGCUUGUGUUAACGAGCUCAGAGCCACGGUGAACUUACAGCUUCCACACCGGGAAUGUGAAAUCCCUCCAUGCGGGGUGUUUUACGCAGUCCUGGUGCUUUGUUUGUUGUCUUCUCAUUGUAUUCACCCAUACUCUACAACAUGAAAUUAUACUGUAAAUCCAGCCAUUCAUGCUAUAAAUCAGACUUUGAUUUUGCAUCACAAGCUUUUUAUCCAAGUAAGAAACACAUGAUGGAUUUCUCCGUAAGUGAAACGUACACUCGGUCGGUAGUGACUUCAUUCUAAGAGUCAUUUGAGACUCGUCGUUUGGUUUACAGCAUCAACACUAGAGCGUCACCAUAAUCUGACAAUCAGUGGAACACUAGCGCUGCUCAUUCCUAAAAAACAUCUCAUUUUACUUUAUAUUUACUCUGUUUCCAGUUAUAGUUUUGCUGCUACUUAGACUGUAGAGUCUGAGUGAAAUGCUGACAAGGGCUCGAAUUAUUAAUAUUGCAAUUUUACUACAACGUGAUCUACACCAUCUUGUUUUUUUCUUACAUGGAGAGUGUGCAAAUAGAUUUUCUAAUAGACAAGUUGUUACAUUUGUUUUGAAAAGUGCAGGUGGAACUGCACAAAUGGACACAUUCCUUAACUUAAAAAUGGGAUGAAUGUUGUUUUGUUUUUCAAGGAAAUGGAAUAGGCCCUCUGUUUUCUGAAUUUAGCAAUAAAUAACUGAACAUGCUGACUCACCAUCUGAGUUACAUUGUAGAGAUCCAACAAUCCUGGUCUUGUGUUACGAUGUCAACCUGCCUUGUACCUCUUGCUGCCUAAGACGUUGAAACGGGACACUUGCCUGCGGUGUGUUCAGACUCUAAUUCGAGCAGGCGUGGGAUUGCGGUAACUGAAAAACAGAAGAUUCUUGGGAUGUCAAAUGCAAAUAGAAUCAAAAUCGAACAACAAAUUAAAAAUAAAUGACAAUUUGAGGA